CUCUCUGAAAGUUCUUCUAGCUAGAAAAGAAGAUCAUGGCUACCCUCUGGCCGGAAAAGUCAAUAACCCACCGGAAACAGGCGAUCGACGAGCUGGUCAAGGGCCAAGAAGCGGCGACCCAGCUUCUGGUUCUGCUCGACAAGUCCUCCGGCGACCAUGGCUCAGUCUCAGCUGAGGAGCUCGUCGUCAAAAUCUUGAGAUCUUUCACUCAGACUCUUUCAGUAGGGAUGAAUGGUUCCUGCGAGUCCCAUGAGCUGCUGUAUGAGAUUCCGGCGACUAGCCAAGUGGCUCUUCAAGCUCGUGGUGGCCCGAGACCUGCGGAUUCCGGCGAGAACAAGGUGGUGAAUCGCCGGGGUAGUUACAAGAAAAGAAAGGUUUCAGAUUCCUGGGUGCAAGUCUCUCCGACGGCGGCCGACGGCUUCUCCUGGAGGAAGUACGGACAAAAGCGGAUCAUCAAUUGCACUUUCCCAAGGUGCUAUUUUAGGUGCGCACACAAACACGAUCGUGGCUGCCGAGCAACAAAGCAAGUCCAGAGAAUGCAAGAACAACCUGGCAUGUUAAAGAUGACUUACUUCGGCCGCCAUUCAUGUGGACAUACAGUUCAGCCUUCGCUGAAGAACGAUUCCGAUUUGGAUCAUCGUCAAUUUGGUUCCGAGCCGAAGAUUUCCAGCCAAAGAGAAGAAAUCGAGGAAGAGAGGCGAAACGAUGAACGUCCGAGCAAAAAUGAACCGGCUGAUCCUGACGCCUGCACCGCCAGAUGGGCGGAUGAUCUGAUGAUGCCGUUGGAGUGCCCGCCUUCUCUUGGCGAAACAGCGCCGUGGACGUCGGACAUUAAUGGCGGUGGAUCGGCGAGUUCUCGAGGCCUGCAGGACAUGGAUCUCUGGACCGAGUCGGCGGAUUUUGAGAAUGAUUUUCGUUUAGACGAGAUUGAACUCCUUUAAUUAGUUAGUUAGGCACUCGAUCGAUCAGUGAGGUACAUAUCGUUGCUUGUGAUCGAUCUUCUCUUCUCUUCUCUUCUGUUCUUAAUUAGUCACAACUCUGAACGUGUGUGUGUAACUUAA